AUGCCAAAUCUCAAAGGCCAGGAUAACAAGAUCUAUGUCAAGGAGACCGAAAAGCACCAGAUCCUAUUCCAGGCUCUAUGGGGUGGUACGGACAGGCUCCACGACAUGAAGACUGUUCCCUUUCCCAAUUUGGAGUCAGGUCGCAAGGAUCACAAGGAGUCAUACGAAGAGGCCAAGAGUUGGCGACCAUUGGCACUGUUGUCAUCAGUUGGGAAGCUGCUGGACAAGAUCUUGACCAGUCGUCUCAAGAAGGUUGCCCUGGAUAACAUGCUUAUUCCCGAAAACCAGUACGGUCUCCCAGGCAGAUCAACAACGCAAGCUCUCAAGGCUUUAUUACAUAUUGUUCACCGACAAUGGUCCAGGAAGAUGUCCAGAAGAGUAAAACGAGCGUCCCAAAAGGUCACGAUGAUGGGUCUCGACAUUGCAGGGGCUUUUGACAACGUCGAUCGACAGAAGCUUCUUCAGACCCUUGCCGACAACGGCUUACCCGAAUGGCUUCCCCAGAGUACCUCGGAGUCUACUCUUAUUAACAUUGGCAUUCCCCAAGGCUCCCCAAUGUCAUCACUUCUCUUCCUCUUCUUUGUGGCUCCCUUGCUUGAGAUGCUCCGUGACGAGAGAGUCGAUGGGGUCUGGUUCCAUGCCUUCGCUUACGUCGAUGAUACAUACCUUGUUGUUGCCUCUCAGUCUUAUGAGCAGAAUUGCAAGGCUUUGAAGACGAUUCAUGACAGUAUCAUGGAGUGGUCUGGGGAAACUGGCCUUACUUUCUCGGCGAAGAAGUACAGCGUUAUGCAUUUCAACAACCCUUGUGAGAAAGCAGACGAUUGCAGACUGCUUCCAGAUAUUGAGGGGGUUUCUGGCAAUGCUGACUGUUUCAAGGACGGGAAGGUCAAGGUGCUCGGGGUGGUACUCGACCCGAAACUCACGUUCGAGGCGCACGUCGACGAUAUUGAGAAGAAGGUCAAUAAGAAGCUGAGACAUAUUAGAUUCGCCACGAGCCGGAAGAUAGGCUUGACGACCCAACAGAUGAGGGAUGUUUAUACCGGUGGCAUUCGACCUAUAGUCACCUACGCCUGCGCAGCGUGGUACCUCGCCGGUACCAAGAAUCUGCGCCAUUCUUUGAAGGGGCAAGUCAAGCGGCUCGACUCGAUCCAAUACAGAGCCCUCAAGCCGGUGACUGCCUACUUUGGCCAACCGUCACAACAAGCCAUUCAGAAAGAGUUCAACAUCCCCAACAUGAGCGUCUACCUCUACCAAAGGGCACUUUCUGCGCGGGCCUUGUCCUUGGGUAUUUUGCAGGAACAUCCCUAUGUACCGAAGGUCACCGCCGGGGGCAAACUGCAGCAGCACAACCCUUUGGCAACAGAGAAGCUUGAUCAAGAAUCUCACUCUUUGGCCACGCGCGCUGCCGCGACUCUUCUGGCAAAGAAGAAAGGCGACCGCAAGAAAUUCCUUGCAGCUUGGAGUGUGCGCAAUACGCGUAAGGAUGCCAUCAACGCGCAGGCUCUUGAGGAAGCAGAUGAGAGAAGUGCCGAGAUAUGGAAUAAGUAUCGCCGCAAACGAGCGAUAACGCAUUCUUCCAAGCACUGCCCUGCCAUCUUGAGAGAGGACUGGGGCCCCGAGAGCCUCGAGUACUACAAGGAUAUGAGCCGGGCAGAGAGCACGCUCCUGCUCGAGUUGCGCACCGAGCGAAUCGGCUUGAAUGGUCCAUUGAACGACAUGAAGGCGAAACGUCCAUUGGUGUCCAUUGUGCCCGGCGCGACUUCGACUGCCUCUAUCGCCGCGACUGUUACUGCUACUGCUACUGCUACUGCUACUGCAAGCGCGUCUACUGCCAUGACUGCUACUGCGUCUACUAUUGAGACUGCAAACGGGUCUACUGCUAAGACUGCCACUGCUACUGCUACUGCUACUGCGUGCGUUACCAAGAGUGCCAUUUCCAGUGUGUCCGAGGAUGCGACUACAGCCGCACCCUCCGACGAGAUCAUUCCUCCAGAAUGCCCUUGUGGACACCGGAAGCAGACUGUCUACCACAUGUUCUUUCAUUGCCCCGAACUGCACACUGCGAGAAUGCAGUUAGUGGAUCGCAUUGGGAAUUUGAACUGGAACACGCUAUUGACAGUCCAUGCGAAGACGGCUACUCAAUGGGCCAUGGCUCAUUUCCCGCUCGAGCAGUACGACUAUCUCCGCCAGGACUCGCCGUUCUACAACUAG